AUGUUUAAUGGACUUAAUUUCUCUUAUUGGUGUGAGCAAAUACAAUUCCGCUUAGGCGUUCUAGAUCAUGUUUUGUCACCUCAAUCAGAGAAACCAUAUGCUAUUACUAAUGCUAAUAGCGAAAAACAAAUGAUCUACAAUUAUGCUUGGGUAAGAUCAAACAUAUUGAGCUUAAUGUUUAUGCCAAUGAGUUUAGUAAACAGCAUCAAGUCCACUCUUCCCAAGACUGAUAGUGCUAAAGAGUUUAUGAAAUUUGUAGAAGAGCGUUCCCAAACAGUUGAUAAGUCUCUUGCCAGGACAUUAAUGGCCACUUUAACCACCAUGAAGUUUGAUGGUUCUCAUGGCAUGUAUGAUCAUGUUAUUGAAAUGUCAAACAUUGCAACAAGAAUUAAGUCCUUGGGGAUGAAUGUGGAUGAGAACUUCCUUGUUCUGUUUAUCAUAAAUUCACUGCGUCUUAAAUAUGGUCCAUUCCAAAUGAACUACAAUAUCAUGAAAGAUAAUGGAAUGUUGCAGAACCCUAAUAUAUGA